UAAUCUUCCAUUGAACCUGUUAUCCUCUGGCUCUCUGUCCCUCUCUUAUCUUUCUCUCCCGUCCUGCUCAUCACAACAUUGGGUUACCAGUUAAUUUCUGUUUGGGCUUUCCGUCUCCAUCGCUCUCUGCUCCAACUUCCAUUUUGAAACCCCCUCCUGUCUCAACACUUGUGUGUGUCGACACUUUGCCGCACAUUACUCAAGUGACCCCACCAACCUCCUCUCAUUCAGUUACUUGGUAUUCUCUUGCCUCACUUCCACACAUCUUCCUGUUUUGUGAUCAUGUGAAUCAUUUUGAUAUAACAAUGAAGUAGACUGAUAUUAGAGAUUUGUAUACCAACCUCAAGUCAAAGAGGACAUUUGGUCAUUUGAAAGUGAAGUGAUUAGAGAGAGUACAUCUGGACUUGUUUGGUCCUAUAUACUGUAGCAGAGCGGCGAUGAGUGGGUUUUUAGUGCAGCAGAAAGACCUGUUGCUCAGCAGUGGAGUCUGUCUGGUCUUUCUGAGGAAGCUCUGUGGUUGAGGUGGCUGCUGCUGAGUGGAGCGAUGCUAUACAGAUACGCUCUUCCCCAUCACUUUCAUUGGGCUUCACUGAACUGAACACUACAUCUCAGUGGCAGAAUACAGCAUAGAACUUAAACUUGAGCAUAUAGAUAGAUUUUUACUGUAAUGAUACAUGAUUUGAGCUUCCUAUUCAAUUUUCAUUCGUUUACUACGUAGUUGGAGAUUCCGGAGUAAAGUUUACAGUUUGGCAUAUCAUAUUUUGAUAUUUGUUUUUGUUUUAAUUCAUUUAUAAUUUGAGCCUGAAUGUAUUUGUUCAGCCUAUUUGCUUGAUGUGAAAGGUUGACAUUUGUAUGCCUUUUAAAGAACCUUAUCUGGUGACUUGACUGAAGACAUCAUCUCCAAGAGGGCUAGCUGCAGAGAUUUCUUAUUUCUCUUUUAUUAGGGCCUUCUACUUCCCUUCCAUUAGACUGAGUCUACAAAACCCUCUGUGCUCCUGCUGCUUCUCGCUUCCCCACCAUGCCGCGUUCUUUCCUGGUGAGGAGGGGGGGCUCUCACCCUCUGCGCCCCAAAGCAGGUAGCCCCUGCUUGGGCACAACCCUGGUGCCAGUAGGUCCCUCAGAAACAGACAAGAGGCAGGGGGGUACCCUUCAAGGCCAGCUGUCACCUAAGAGUGCAGUGUCUCUAGUGACACACAAUGAGGCCUACCCAUCACAGCCCUCUCCACCUCCAGCCCUCCACCCUGCCUCAUAUAGUCCCCCUUACCUUCACCCCACCAGUCCCAUGUCUUCAGACGGUAGAGCUGCGCUGCACCACCACUCUCCCUCCCAGUUGAACCCUGGCAGCCCUUCUGAGGAGGUGGGCUCUCCCCUCCUGGACGAGACCCGACACAGAGACUGUCCCCAGAUCAGUGACCACAGGACCACUGGGACUGAAUGCCCACUGUAUGGAAAGAGUUUCUUUUCUUUCUCCAGUGUGGAGUCCCACGUCCACAAGUGCCAUGGUGGCAGACACAAGCAGUCAUCAUCAGCACACAUCAAGACUAACAGUCAGCCGUACGGCUAUAGGCCAGACCUGGGUUUGAGCUACAGGGUCAAGGAGCGUACGUUUGCCUGUAAGGUGUGUGGGAAAGUGUUCAAGCGCUCCUCCACCCUGUCCACUCACCUGCUAAUCCACUCUGACACGCGACCCUACCCCUGUCAAUACUGUGGCAAAAGAUUUCACCAGAAAUCUGAUAUGAAAAAACACACCUUCAUUCACACAGGUGAGAAGCCCCAUGUGUGCCAGGUGUGUGGCAAAGCCUUCAGCCAGAGCUCCAACCUCAUCACCCACAGUCGUCAGCACAGUCGCAACCAGCCCUACCGCUGCCUCUAUGGCUUCCAGCGAGAGCUGAUCUGAGCUCAGUUUUCACAAUCGGGAGAACCACUGUACAUAGAUAGCAACAACAAAAAAACUCACAUGGUCAUAGCUGACCCCAGAUCUUGUUUUCAUUAUAAGGGGCACCACUGCACAAGCUAAACAGAAGCUGGGGAUGGAUGGAAGAAGGGAAGGAUGCCCCACAAAAAAAUUCUAACGAACAUUUACCUUGUCUGUAGUUGAAUCCCAGCUGUAUAUUUUGCCUACAUGUAUAUAUUUAAGCUUUUUCAAUGUCAUCAUUGGGUCAUAUCUGAAAAUAUCUGAAAAUAAACACCUUUGAACUUUA